GAUCGAUAUAGCGGGUUUUAGUUGCCAAUAUGGCCGCCGAGGAAAAAGCAAAAUCGGAAUUUAAUGAUAUUUUGAGCCGUAUUGACAGAAAAUAUGAGAUAAUAGAUGUGAAGUGGAGUGAAGAGAAGUUUUUCGAAAUAAAAUUCCGUACUCAGAUCCAGCGAAAUAGUGAGGAUUUCAAUGCUUUAUGCGACGAAUGGGUCGAUCUCUUCUCGGAAGUUACUAAUACUGUUUGGGCGAAAAAGAUAUCAAACACCGGUCCGAAAAUAAGGUUUAGAAAACAGUAUCAGUGUUGGACACAAGGCGGGAAAAUCGUUCAAAAGGAACUCCUUUUUGAUGCGAGGAGGUGCAAAGGCACUUUGGAUAUUAAAGUUUUAACAGAUAAUCCCUUCACUAGGAGAAAAAAUAAACACAUUAGAUUGGGUUUAAAUGUAGUUGUUAAGAUAAAUUUUAUCCAUUUACAUAAAGUGGAUACCUUGAAACCUUUUGCUUUCUUUGUACAUGUGUGUGAACCUCAGCCAGAACCACCAAAGCCUAUUAUUCAACCAAAUGACAGGUUGCCUCAGCUGGUAGCUGAAAUGGUACAAAAAGGACUUAAUGCUUCUCCGAAAGUUGUGAAUCUAAAUCCACAAACAGUCGAGCAGCCAAAACAAAUUGACAACAACCUCGUCCGAAAAGAAGAUAUACAAACACAGCAAUUAUUCCAAACGAGUAUUUUGGAAGAUUUAGAAGGUAACAAAUCGAUGGAGAAUUUGCAGGGCCAAAUUAUUCCUGAAAACAUACAGCUGCCUAGUAUGCAACAACAGACAAUACAGUUGGUUCAAAAUUUGCCUAUUCAGGGAAUGGAAACCAUCAAACUCGAAUUACCCUCACAUUUGCAACAGUAUACUCAAUUUGUAGUCAGUGAUAUAUCUGAACCAUUGUUAAUGUGUCAGUCAUUAAUGUUGGAUACUUCUCAAGUAAUCCCUGUAUCAACUCAUACAUUACCAUCACACUACGUGCAGAUACAUUCACAGAAUUUGCAUAAUCAGUAAGUUUUUUGUUGUAGAGGUACGAAUCUCACAAUUCUGUAUUAAAAAAAAAACUAUUAGAGACUGACAAAAACUAAUUAGUACCUAUUUAUAAAGAUAUAAAUUCCUACUGACUGUGUUAAUUUAUGUGAAUGACAUUUUAAUAC